UGCUCAUGAAAAGCUUCAGGGACGAGGGCGGACUCAAGAGGACGGUUUCCGGGUUUCCCUUCCUGGGCUGGGACAGCGGCAAGAGGCAAGAAGCUCCUGUUGAUUAAUAAUAAUUACCAAUUACGCGCAGGCUCAUCAGGCAUCCAGUAAACUGCAGCGAUGUCUCAGUCUGGAGAGAAAGGGAAGUUCCCAGAUGCAGCAGGUUAUGUAGGGUUCGCCAACCUCCCAAACCAAGUGCACCGGAAGUCAGUGAAAAAGGGGUUUGAAUUUACCCUAAUGGUUGUAGGGGAGUCUGGCUUAGGCAAAUCCACACUUAUAAACAGCCUGUUUCUCACUGAUCUCUACCCUGAACGCUACAUCCCUGGUGCUGCAGAGAAAAUUGAGAGGACUGUGCAGAUUGAGGCUUCGACUGUGGAGAUCGAGGAGAGAGGAGUAAAGCUGCGUCUCACCGUGGUCGACACCCCUGGAUACGGCGAUGCCAUCAACAGCCAAGACUGCUUCAAGACCAUCAUCCAGUACAUUGACAAUCAGUUUGAGAGAUACCUCCAUGAUGAGAGUGGGCUUAACCGAAGACACAUAGUGGACAACAGGGUUCACUGCUGCUUCUAUUUCAUAUCUCCAUUUGGACACGGUCUGAAGCCUCUGGAUGUGGAAUUCAUGAAAGCCAUCCACAGCAAAGUCAACAUAGUCCCAGUCAUUGCCAAGGCCGACACGCUGACGCUGAGGGAGAGGGAUCGCCUGAAGAGGAGGAUCCUGGAUGAGAUCGCUGAGCAUGGGAUCAGAAUUUACCAGCUACCUGACGCCGAUUCCGACGAGGAUGAGGAGUUCAAGGAGCAGACCAGAGUCCUGAAGGCAAGCAUUCCCUUUGCUGUGAUUGGCUCCAAUCAGCUGAUUGAGGUAAAGGGGAAGAAGAUCCGUGGUCGUCUCUACCCCUGGGGAGUUGUUGAAGUGGAGAACCCUGAGCACAAUGACUUCCUCAAACUACGAACAAUGCUUGUGACACACAUGCAGGACCUGCAGGAAGUAACUCAGGAUCUGCAUUAUGAGAACUUCCGCUCAGAGAGGCUGAAGAGAGCGGGCAGGGCUGUGGACGAGGAUGUGCUGGAUAAAGAUCAGAUCCUGCUACAGAAAGAGGCAGAGCUGAGACGUAUGCAGCAGAUGAUUGCUCAGAUGCAGGCACAGAUGAAGAUGAAAGCAGACGAGUGAACGAGCAUGAGCAGAAGGGAGACAUGGUGAUCUCAACCUCCCCAGCACACACACACACACACACACACACACACACACAGGCACACACGCAGGUACACACACACCUGGUCCUCCUUUGAAUCCAUCCCUGCCUUCUGCCAUGCCACAGAUCCACCAGGAGUCCAGGUAUCCAGGAUCUCAUCAUCUUUAUCUGCACACCAUCACUUCUUCUUCCCUUCAAAUAUCCAUCCAUCAGCUGUUCAGGAGCUUCUUGAACUUAUUGUCAAGACUUCACUUAAAUCCACAUAUUGUCUUAUUACGUGUGUUAGAGUUUGCUAAAUUUGACUGGGCAAAAUUUUUAAAAACGUGAACCCAAUAAACAUAUAAUACUGGAUCAUUAUCAUAGAUCUAUCUGUUAUUUAGACUUUGAUCUUAAUUAUGACUCCACGGAGCUGCAAGUGACAAUGGUACGAAGAGGUUUGCCAUCACACUAUGAUGUUUACAAAAUUAUAUGUAUGAGUUAUGCAUUUUGCUCAAGUCCGAGCUUCAGAUGGCACCAUCCUCCAUUUAUUCUGCUAACUUAAAAGUAAAAAAAAAACAAAAAAAAAACCAGUUUGCUUCUCAUGUUUUCUUUUAGCUUAUGAAUAUUUCAGUAGCC